GGCAAUCGAGGCACCGCACUAUGUCGCGGCAGACAAAUCCACUGCUACAUUUGGCAAAAAAACAGGGCAGUAUCGGUUCUGAUGUGGAUGUAAAAGUAGAUGUAGGUGUGUAUGUAGGAGAGAAGGUAGACGUGGAUGUAGAAGUGGAUGUAGGAGUAGAUGUAGGAGUUGAUGUAGGAGUGGAUGUUGAAGUGGAUGUAGAAGUGGAUGUGGGAGUGGAUGUAGGAGUCAAUGUAGAAGUGGAUGUAGAAGUGGAUGUGGGUGUGGAUGUAGGAGUGGAUGUAGGAGUGGAUGUAGAAGUGGAUGUAGAAGUGGAUGUAGGAGUGGAUAUGGGAGUGGAUGUAGGAGUGGAUGUAGGAGUAGAUGUAGGAGUGGAUGUAGAAGUUGAUGUAGAAGUGGAUGUAGGAGUAGAUGUAGGAGUGGAUGUAGGAGUGGAUGUAGAAGUGGAUGUGGGAGUGGAUGUAGGAGUGGAUGUAGGAGUGGAUGUAGAAGUGGAUGUAGAAGUGGAUGUAGAAGUGGAUGUAGGAGUAGAUGUAGGAGUGGAUGUAGGAGUGGAUGUAGAAGUGGAUGUAGAAGUGGAUGUAGGAGUGGAUGUAUGA